UCGUCGCGCCGCAGGGCAUGAUCCGUGAAGGUCUUAGCGCGAUGAACCCAGCUGCGAGCGCGGCUUCCUGGUGGCGCGCUCACCACGCGACCCCGGCAGCCACCAGCAACGCUCAGAACGGAAUCAAGAGUGAUGAAAAGGAGCCACUCUUUCAGUUUACAUACGAGAAGCGGCCAUUUGGUCUUAACUGCGAUCACAAAGUACGCGUGAAGUGUCAGUCGGUGGAGGUGGUAUGGUGCGCGGCGGCCGCGCGGUGGGCCGCACGGUGGGGCGGUGCGGCGGGCGCGGGCGACGCGGGCCGCGCCAUGGCACACGUGCGGGACCACACGCGGGCCACGCUGCGGACACACUACGAGCGCUUGCUGCACGAGAAUCGUCUGCCGAACGAGCGUCGUUCGUGGCAAGUGGAGUUGGACAUAUCUGCGCCACAGAUCCUAUUCGUGGAAGAUCUAUGUGAGCGUGACGCGGCCGUAGUGCUUGUAGACUUUGGGCGGCUGCGGCUGCACAACGCAAACCUCUCUGAUGACGACCCAAGAACUGCGCCGUUGGAUGACGACGAAGAACGUUUUAUGACACCGUGCUCCACACCGCCGGGCAGCCUGCUGUCCCCCGCCUCCCCCCCCGACCCGCCGCACACCCCGCCCCGCCCGCUGGACGCCGCGCGACUGCACACCAGCCUGUACGACAGGUACAAGAUAGAACUGAGCGAGCUGCAGAUCCUGGUGGGUCGGGUGCGAGAUAAUUGGAAAUACGCGCACACCAAAGCCACUUCCGCGCUACAUCUACUCGACCGCUUCACAAUAUCUCUGCAGGCGGAGCGCCGCGUGCUGCAGACACACGACCCGCAGUACCCGAGCGCGGCUCUGUGUGGCUCUCUGCCAGCGCUGGUGGCGCAUCUCUCUGAACAUAAGCUCUCUGCGCUGCGUCGCGUGCUCGCAGCGUACACAGCGCAUAACGCCGCCUCCGCAUCUCCUCCCACCGCACAAACCAGAUCCGCAGAGGAUGAGGAGGAGCAAGUCCAGGACGAGGACAGCGUCGCCACGGAAAACGAGCAGUCUGAGUACUCAGUGCACAACAACGCGACAUUACUCCUGCUUCAAUUUGCUAUUGACCAACUAUCGCUAGAGGUACAAUCUCGCGGGCGCAGCAUAGCAGAGGUGCAGGUGUGCGGAGUGCGUGCAGCUGUGAGCACGCGGCCCGCAGACACGUCGCUGUCUCUGUCCGUGCACUCGCUGUUGUUGGUGGACGCGCUGCAGACAUACGGCCCGGACUUCGAGCUGCUUGUCGCCAGCCACAAGCAUGUCGGCAUGGACACAGCGUCCGGCAGUAUCCGCGGGUCGGAGCCGACGUCCCCCGUGUCCCCCACGUCCCCCGCGUCACCUGAGCCCCGCGCGGCCCCCACGCCGCUUGCACUGCAUCACGCGUUGUACAACCUGCGAUACUCCACUGAACCAGAGCCGAGACCUUUAAGUCCUUCUCCAAGCUGGGCAACUGGGGUGCAAAGCAGCAUGACGUCAAAUAACCUGACCGCCGGUUUUAACUGGGGCACCAGAGGCACCGCAAAUGUUUGGAGUGAUGGAUGGGGCUCAGAAGGCCCUGCUUGGGCCGCUCCGGGCCUCGUGGAUUCGGAGGCGCUCAUCGCCGUUGACCUGUGCAUCGUGAAAGGAGAAGCUGAUUCUGAAGAUUUGAGGAUUGCUAAUAUUUUGUUCAAUAACUUGGACGUCAUAGCUAAUCAAGAGACGAUAGUGGAACUGAUUGGGUUCGUACAACGCGUGACUGGGGGAGGCACGGGGGGUGGCGCGGGAAGCGGGGCUGGUCGAAGCGCGCCUCAGGAGAACCAGCCCACCUCUAGCUCAGCAGAUGAUAUUAUUAUGUCAGGCGCGUCUCGCACGGAGCUCACGUUCGACUUCCACCGGCUGGGCGUGCUGCUGGUGCGAGCGGGCGUGCGGGACGGCGAGCUAGUCGCACACAAGAUCGCCACGGCCACCGUCUGCGACGCCCGGAUACAGGCCACUGCACACGGGUCGCUGGUGGAGGUGAGCGGGUCGCUGGGCGGCGUGCAGGUGGUGUCUCUGUCGGAGGAGGCGGGGCUCCACUCGCGCGUGUUGUCGGCGGGCCGCCCGCCCGCACCGCUCGCGGCGCACUCGCAGCCCACCGACGAGAAGGCGCUGUACUUCACUAUAUCGAGGGACGUGCUACCGGCUGAUGAAGAUGCGGGUGAGGCGGGCGCGGAGGUCACGGGCACAGGGCGCGUGUCUGUGAGCGUGUCAGUGCGUGUGGCCAGCGUGUGGUACACGCACUCGGGCACAUUGCUCCGCGAGCUGCAGAGCUGCCUCACCGAGUUCAAGCGGUAUCUCGCCAACCUGGCGCGCUCCAUCCGCGACGCCGCGCACGACAUGGCGCUCGGUCUCGUUCAUCCCAGGGCGGAUUCCCUGUAUUCAAAUCCGAAGGUAUCCCUGUCGAUGGAGGGCGUGUCGCCGCGACGCCGCACUACUAGCCUCGCCUACUCGCUGGACGAACCCGACCGAGACCAACGCAUCGUGCUCAGCGUGAGUGUGGAGCUGGAGUCGCCGGUGGUGGUGCUGCCCCGCGCGGCGCGCAGUCCGCAGGUGUUUGUGGCGCACCUGGGCCGCAUGAGUCUGACUAACACGCCCGGCGCGCCCAACGACACUCGCUACACCGUGCGCGUGCGCGACAUCUCGCUCGUAUCUCUUGAAGUGAGUGAAGAGUUGCUGCGACAAGGGCGGGCAUCGAGUACCAACAUGCAGCAGUUGUACGAGACCUCGCGCGGCAAGCCAGUACUGCACGACACAGCCCUGCAUCUCGCCAUCACGCUGGCUGACGGCGACGUCAAGUGCUCGGUAGAAGGUGCGGUAGUGGGCGGGCUCCACGUGACCGCGAGCCGCGCGCAGUACCAGCAGCUGCUCGACACGCUGAGGUGGAUCACGGACGCGCGCGCCGCGGAACAACACGCGCCCGACACGCGGCUGCAACACGAGAGGAACAGCACGCUGUCAGAACCUGCGGUGCCUACGCUGCGGCUGGACCCUGCGGUACGUGCCGCCGUGUUAGCUGCUCCCCUCGCGCCUCCACCCGCUCCCGCCGGUCACCACACACCCUACAUAGUUGCGUUCGAGCUGGCUGACUUCACCGUGGAGCUGCUGGCAGACCUGGGAGAGGGAGAGCGUAGUCUGGUUGCCCUCACGUUCAGAGAGUUUCACCUGCGUCAUGAGCACCUGCACCCGUACGAGACCGCGUUACAGGUGUCGCUGUUCUCAAUUACGAUGGAAGAUCUGAGCAAGGAGCCGGACUCACGGCACCGCCUGCUGAUGGUAUCGCACACGGCGCCCGGCCCGCCCAAGGCUGUCUUUGUCUCCAAGUCGUGCCCAGACUUCACGCGCCAGCCCGAUGUCUAUUCCCCGAUUCCCGACGUGCCCGCACCCACUCGUGUGCCGUCGCUGCCCGCUCUCAACGUCCCCAACACACGAGAGCGUGUCCGUGAGAGACAGGAGAGUCGUUGCGGGCCGACGCCGCCGUGCUCACCUGUGUUGAGUGCCGAGGCUGAGUUUGGGCCGCCCGGGGAUUGCGGGGAAGACAACCUUGUGUGGGUCUCAGUCAUUACAAGACUCCCGCAGCAUCCGCACGAGAAAUCCAAUCAGGUCGCAAAGGAAACCAAGGUUGAGUUCAACAGCUUGAAACUGGUGCUUAGCAUUGACAGUUGGGUGGCUGUUCUCGACUUCUUCGGUGUUGUUGGGGAUGAAUCCGAAAGUGAAGAAAAAACGGAAGCCACGCACGAGAGGGAGAAUAAAACUCAGAAUUCAGGCGAUACAAAUACAAAAGACAAGGACGUUACAGACAGCGCGGAGGGGGCGGACGGGGCGGGCGGCGGCGAGGUGUCGUCGCUGUCGGUGGUGGUGCGGUCGCUGUCCGUGGUGGUGGUGGGCACGCGGGGCGAGGUGUGCCGCGCGCGCGUGGCCCGGGCCGCCGUGCGGGCGCGGCGCGGGCCGGCGGGGCGCCACGUGCGGGCGGCGCUCGGGGCGCUGGCGCUCACCGACCUGGCGCCCCGCGCGCCGCUGUGGCGGGACCGGCUGCGGACCACCACGACCAACGCGCUCACCUUACAUUACCACCGGUUACGUGAAGAAGGAGCAUCAAAAACGUGGUCGAGUCCGGAUGACUCGUGGGUGUGCGUGCGUGCCGCUGACACGGAGCCGUUUUCGUUCGGCGCGCGGCGCGGGCGAGCGGGCGGGGCGCGGGGGGCGGGGCCCGGCGGUGACGUCACGGCGCCGCUGCACCGGCUGGUGCUGCGAGUGGAGGGCUGGUCGCCGCUCGACCCCGUCUGUGUUGACCGCGUGGGGGUCUUCUUUAGACACGUUACUCACGAUGUAAGAUCACUAUAA